GAAUCGUUGUGUACCUGUUUGAUUGGCUUGUCAAUUAAGUUGACUUUUCUGUUGGGUCGGUUGUCUGAAGCUUAUGAAUUUUGCAGAUCCUUGCCCAAUGCCCAACUUCAAAUCUGUCUCCCAAACAUUAUUCCCUAUCUCUGUAAAUAUAUAUGAUUCUGUCUCUAACUCUCUACAAGAAAUGGCUUCUGGAGAGACAAGUGGUGGCGAUGAAAAGUACGAUUCACGCUUCGGAUCGAUCUCAGCUUUCUUGAACCCAACCGCCCGUUUUGGUCCCACGUCUAACCCACCGCCAGAGUCGCCAACGGAUGACGUAGAGUACGAUUUAUGCGCCGAAUCCACCUCAUCUUUCUUGAAACCAACUGCCCGGGUGCUUGAUCCACCACCACCCGAUCGAGCAGUGGUGGUGGAGAGAGAGCAAAUGUUCGACAAGGUCGUGACGCCGAGCGACGUGGGCAAGCUCAACCGACUGGUCAUCCCUAACCAACAUGCCGAAAAGUACUUCCCGUUCGAUUCGUCGACGAAGGAGAAGGGAAUCCUCUUGAAUUUCGAGGAUCGGAACGGGAAGCUGUGGCGGUUCCGUUACUCCUACUGGAACAGCAGCCAGAGCUACGUAAUGACCAAGGGCUGGAGACGCUUCGUCAAAGAGAAUAAGCUUGUCGCCGGCGACAUCGUCUCGUUCCAGCGCGGUAUCGGCGAUUCCUUCAAAGACCGGCUCUACAUCGACUGGCAGCGCAGCCCGACUCUUUCCACCACCGAACCUAUGCUUGACCUAUCUCUCUACUCUUUCGACCCGUCUUCAAGACCAAUUUCUUCCCCUCGGGUUGAUUACACCGUCUCGUCCGAGACACUGAGAUCUGAGCUCACUCACGCCGACGAGAUCAACCGCUCUGCACAUAACCCAAAGAAACGAUCCAAAGGGCGUGUAAAAAUCUAUAUUUGCACCCCCACCGAAUUCCAAGCCCUUGUUCAGGAGUUAACUGGGGUUCGAGCAUCACCCUCCAUAUCCUCAUCCCGACUUGCAGAAAGCGAGAAGACGAAAAUGGCAGAGCUGGCCCCAAACACGCCAAGUGGUGCUUCGGGAUUGUCUGGGCCUCUUGCAGGAGGCGAAUUCGAAGUCUUCUUGAGUUUCAGAGGCCCAGACACCUGGGACACUUUUACCGCUUACCUAUACAGCCAACUCAGUGGGGUAAGUGUUCGAACCUUUGUAGACGAUACCGAGUUUCGCGGAGGAGAUAAGUUCCGCCCGGAACACCUCACAGAAUCGAAGGUCUCAAUCCCAAUCUUCUCCAAAAACUAUGCCUCGAGUCAUGGGUGCCUCCGCGAGCUCGCCAAGAUGGUGGAUUGCAAGAGAAGCACGGGACAGCUCAUUUUACCCAUCUUCUAUGAUGUUGAACCAUCGGAUGUGAGGCAUCAAUCUGGGAGUUACGAGGAAGCCUUUCGCAAGCACGAGAGGUGUUUUGAUGAAAGGACUGUUGAAGAAUGGAAGGAGGCGCUGAGAGAGGUUGGGGCACUCAAGGGUUGGCAAGUGAAUAAAGAAGAUGAUGAUGGGUAUCAAGGAAAAUUAAUAAAAGAGAUUAUUGUUCCAACAGUGGUGUUAGAGUUAAAAAGGAAAAGCAUGGUUGUGACUGACUACUUGGUUGGGAUGAAUUACCACCUAAAUGAAAUGAUGAGAUUAUUAAAUGUCAUCUCCAACGAAGUACAAAUUGUUGGUAUCCAUGGCAUGGAUGGUAUUGGCAAGACAACCGUUGCCAAGUUCGUCUACAACAAACUCUUUGAGAGCUUUGAGUGUCAUAGCUUCCUUGCAGAUAUUCAAGAAACAACGCAACAAUGCAAUGGUCUUUUUAAUUUGCAGAAAAAGCUUCUCACUGACACCCUAAAAUGGUGUCCUGACAUUUCUGACAUUGAUAGUGGAGUCAAUGUGAUUAAGUACGUAUUUCUCAGAAAGAAAGUUCUUCUUGUUCUUGACGAUGUGACUGAAAGCUCUCAAUUUGAUAUGCUUGUUGGAAAGCGUGGCUGGUUUGGUUCAGGAAGUAGGAUCAUAGUUACAACCAGAGACAGAAAUAUUUUAAAUGAUCUUAAAGUGGAUGCGACUUAUGAACCUCCAUUUAUGAAUUCCCUGCAGUCUCUUCAACUUUUCAGCAUGCAUGCCUUUAGAAGGUAUUUUCCUUCAGAAGACUAUAUUAGUAUCUCUAGAGAGGUUGCUUCUACUGCUGCAGGGCUUCCUCUAGCUCUUGAGGUCAUGGGUUCCUUUCUAUCUGACAAGGAGAAAGUGGUAUGGGAGGAUACAUUGAAGAAAUUGAAAAAAAUAUCUCAUGAUGAAGUUGAGAGAAAGUUGAGGGUAAUUUAUGAAACAUUAACUUAUACCCAACAACAGAUAUUUCUUGAUAUUGCAUGUCUUUUCGCUGGGAUGGAAAAAGCAACGGUGUUUUACUUGUGGGAUGAUUGUGGCUAUCAUCCAGAAAAGGAAUUUAAUGUCCUUUGUCUCAUGUCUCUUGUAAAAGUGGGAGAUGCUAAUGAGCUGAGGAUGCAUGACCAGUUUAGAACUCUUGGUAGGAAAAUCGUUUAUGAAGAAAAGUUUCUAGGAAAUCGUAGUAGGUUGUGGGAUCAUGAUGAUGCAUUGGACAUAUUGGAGGGACGAAUGGGAACAGAAAAGGUUGAAGCCCUAUGUCUUUGCUUUGUAUCGGGUUCUGAAAAGAAGCCUCGCUUUACAAGUAAGGAGUUCAUGAAACUAGUAUCUCUGAGGUAUCUCCAAGCUGAUGGCAUAGACCUUGUUGGGGAUUUUGAUAAUCUUUUUCCCUAUUUAAGAUGGCUUAGUUGGCGUGGUUGCCCUCCGCAUUUUAAACCAAACAAUUUUCAUUUGAAAAAUCUAGUCAUUCUUGAUCUAUCAGAUAGCGGCAUCACGGAAUACUGGGGGGGUUGGAAUCAAAUCCAGAUGGAAAAUAGGUUGAAAGUUCUAAAACUGGCUAAUUGUGCUUUAAGGAGAACUCCAGACUUUUCAUCAUAUGCAGCUCUAGAGAUUUUGAUUCUUCAACGGUGCAAAAGCUUGGUCGAAGUUGACCAAUCCAUUGGUAAUCUGAAGAAUUUAAAAGUGCUUGACAUUUCAUAUGCUGAUUUAAGGAAUUUACCUGACGAAAUUUGGAUGUUGGAGAAGCUGGAAGUGAUGGAUUUCACACAUUGUAGCUAUUUGAAGGGACACAUUCCUAGUAAUAUGGGGAGUUUAACAUCUUUGAGAUUCUUGAGCUUUUAUGAUACCAAAAUUCAAAGCCUGCCAUUGAGCCUUUCGAAGCUCUCUUGCCUCCAGACCCUUAAAUUAGGAGAUUGCACAGAGCUUCAAGCAUUGCCACCGCUUCCGUCAAGUGUAACGAGCCUGGAUGUACCUUGUAUCCCUAAUAUUGGCAAAUUUGCCAAAUUGGAGAAAUUGACCUUGGACCCCUUAAUAGAAAGGUUUCCUGAAAAGCGUAAAAUGGGCAUAAGGCUACAAGAGGCAAGUGGUGGUGCUGUUGAGGGAGAGAAGAGGAGGAAGAUGGAGGAAAGCUACAAGGGAGUUCGAAAUAUGCAGUUGGGGAAUUAUGCAGUGAAGAUUCAAGACCCCUGGCAAAAGCUGCGCGUGUUCUUCAAGGCUGUGAAUGCAUUCCGAGGAGCCAAAUACUACACAGAUAAGCACUAAGAGUGGGAUUUGUCUUACUAUGCAGAUAAACAGAGCUCACAGCACCAAGAGAGGGGUCAGAGAGCAAAGAAGAGCGAAAGCUCUUCUGUUACCGCGAGAUUCGAGACCCCUGGAAAAAGCUCCGCUUGCUGUUCAAGGCUGUAAAUGCAUUCAAAGGAGCGAAACCAUAGCUCAACUUCCUAUUGUCCUGACAUUUAGAUGUUGAUAGAGGAGUCUGUGAUAAAGUACAUAUUUCUCAGAAAUAAAGUUCUCGUUGUUCUGGACAA